AUGAUAUCAGGAAGUAGUAUUAAUUUUUGGAUCAAAAACACUGAAUGGAUAUGUUAUUAAAAAAUUAAAGAUCAUUCUAGUUCUAUAUUUGGAUUAAGUUUUAAUGUAUAAUAAAAUAGAGUGUUAUGUGUGGUUAUGAUAAAUUAAUAUUAAGAAUAGAGCAACAAGGAUUAAAUAAUGAAUGGUUUUUAAUAUAAAGAUUACAGUUUAAUAAUUUGGAUAUCGAGUAUGCUUUAUUGA